GACCCACCAGCACCAGGCCACCACGGUUCCUCCGCCUCACUGCUCCUCCUCUCCCUCCCUCCGUCCUGCAGCCCCAGCGCGUACCGACGCCUCCCCACAGCUGGAACCGUACUUUACUGGCAGUAAUCUUCCCACCCGCCUCCCUCGGCGCCUCCUCCCUACCCCGCUCGCUCUCGCUUCGCUGUUCUCCCCCUGUCACCUCUCCCGGCGAAGCGUGGCUCCUGCGACCGGCCUCCCACCCGCUCCUCCUCCGCGCGCCGAGCGCCACGCGACGCGUCGCGGCCGAGCACGGCCGCCGCCGGAUCCUCCGCCCGCCGCUCCGGCGCGGCGCCGCUCCGCUCUCGUGCUACCGCUAGCGGAGCGGAGAUCCGUCCGGACUUGAACUGGGGUCUCUGCUCUCUGUUUAUAUGAACUAAAUUGGUUCGGUUUGAGAAGCUUCACUGUCUGAGAAAUGGAUGAAAAACCAACUAGUUCCGGGCAGUCUGAAGCUAGUUCAAGUGAACCUAGUUGGUGGCCACCGGACCUUUUGGAGAAGAUAGAGUCUGCUUCCAUAUCAAGGAAACAAGAUGUUUUGGGUAAUCUAAGGUCCUCAUCCUGGAAGGCUUCUCAAUUACUGUGGUCUCAAGGAGCUUACUCAGGUUUAAUCCCUAAUGGUUUCUAUUCAAUCAUCCCGGAUAAAAAGCUGAAGGAGACUUUCCCAAUGAUUCCGUCAUUAGAUGACCUGCAAGCUCUUGAAGCAGAUGGGCUUAAGGCUGACAUCAUUAUUGUAGACACUGAGAGGGAUAAGAAGGUUUUCAUGUUGAAGCAACUUAGUGCUGCACUUGUGAAAGGGUUAAAUUCUAGCCCGGCAUUGGUGAUAAAGAAAAUAGCAGGUUUGGUUUUUGACUGCUUCAAGCGACAAAAUCCUGAUUCAAGUCCAGCAAGAGGCUCGACUGAAGAUACCCAUUUCUUUGGAAAUAAAGGACCACAACUUCUAGGGCAGAUAAGACAUGGGUCAUGCCGACCCCGAGCUAUUCUAUUUAAAGUUCUUGCAGAUGCUGUUGGCCUUGAGAGUAAACUUGUAGUGGGUCUACCUGAUGACGGUGCUGUUGGAUUUGUGGACUCUUACAAACAUAUGUCUGUGGUAGUUUCACUGAACAAUAUGGAGCUGCUAGUUGAUCUUAUGCGAUUCCCAGGCCAGUUGAUUACUUUUUCAGCUAAGGCUAUCUUUAUAUCUCAUAUAUCUGCUGCGGGCGAAAGUGACUCAGCUGAAAAUGAUUCGUGUGAUUCUCCCCUUGAGCCUAACAGCCCUCUUUAUGGAUUGUCUGAUAAAGUUGAAGCUGAAGGAAUUGAAUCUUCAUCAAAUCUAUCUGGACGAUCAUUACGUAAUAUGAUGUUGAGAUCAAGAACAUUUUCAGAGGGGAAAUUAAGCACGUCGUGCAGUGAACCAAAUAUAGCAAAUGCCUUUUGGAGGCGCAGCCAAAGGAGAGGAGUUGCUGAGGAACCCCGUGGUGCUAGUUCAAGUCCUGAGCAUCCAUUAAUUAGAGCAAGAGGAAGAUCUAUACUUGGUGGUGAGAAGCAAUCAUUUCAAGAAUAUACAGAAAGUGGAGCUGCAUCAAGAUCAGAUGGUCUUGAUGGCACUUCAACAUCUAAUGCUCGAAGAAUAAGACGAAGAAGCAUCAGCAUCACGCCUGAGAUUGGAGAUGACAUUGUGAGGGCAGUUCGGGCUAUGAACGAAACACUAAAGCAAAAUCGCCUCUCAAGGGAUCAUGUUGAAGGUUCAUGCUCAUAUGUUACGGAGGACCAAAGCAAUGCAAAUGACUGCCCAAAUGAUGAUGAUGCAUCUCGAAGAGUUGGUGCUACUGACAAUGGCUCAAGAAACCGAACUGGUUCUACUCAGAAGGCCAUGUCAUUACCUUCUUCACCACAUGAAUAUAGGGGUCAAGUUACUGAAAAAAGUGAUGAUUUUAUGAGUAAAGAGAAGAUGGCAUUGGCAUGGAACAAAGUAUUCCAGAGCUCCCCAUUUCUUAAUAAACCGUUAUUGCCCUUUGAGGAAUGGAACAUAGAUUUCUCCGAGAUAACUAUUGGCACACGGGUUGGAAUAGGAUUCUUCGGAGAGGUCUUCCGUGGUAUAUGGAAUGGAACUGAUGUUGCCAUCAAAGUGUUUCUAGAACAGGAUCUAACAACUGAAAAUAUGGAAGAUUUUUGCAAUGAGAUAUACAUCCUGAGCCGGCUACGACACCCAAAUGUUAUACUGUUUCUUGGUGCAUGCAUUACGCCUCCACACCUGUCAAUGGUUACCGAAUAUAUGGAAAUGGGAUCACUGUACUAUCUCAUCCACAUGAGUGGUCAGAAAAAGAAGCUCAGUUGGCGUAGGAGGUUGAAAAUUAUUCGCGAUAUAUGCAGGGGAUUGAUGUGCAUACACCGCAUGAAGAUAGUUCACAGGGAUCUCAAAAGUGCAAACUGCCUGGUGAACAAGCAUUGGACUGUCAAGAUAUGUGACUUUGGUCUAUCUCGAGGGAUGAUUGAUAGUCCUAUGACUGAUAACUCCUCUGCUGGCACCCCAGAAUGGAUGGCCCCUGAGCUUAUCCGGAAUGAACCUUUCACAGAGAAAUGCGAUAUAUUUAGCCUCGGUGUUAUUAUGUGGGAGCUUUGCACAUUGAGUCGACCAUGGGAGGGUAUCUCUCCAGUUCAAGUGGUUUACUCGGUUGCUAAUGAAGGGUCACGGCUCGAGAUUCCUGAAGGACCUCUCGGCAGGUUAAUUGCAGAUUGCUGGGCAGAGCCUGAGAAUCGGCCGAGCUGCCAGGAGAUCCUCACCCGCCUGCUGGACUGCGAAUACGCCGUCAGCUAAGUCGCUUGCUCACCCGCCACCUGAUUCCUGCAGAGGUGGGCACGUUUUCUUGUAUAAAACCUGUAAAAAAUAGCCUGUCGACUCAGCCGACCGGCGAGGUUACAUAUAUUGAAACCCUAUAUUUCUGCUUUAUGACGGCGAUCCUUUCUCCAAAAAAAAAUGUAAAAAACUGUUUCCCCCGGUUAUAGAAGAACAUUUCUAGCCAAGAAAUGUGCCUCGCGUCACAGGGACCAA